AAGAAACAUCAUUUCUCACUUUUAAUCUAGAUCACUUUCUAUCCCCUAAGACUUCAUCCCGUUUCUCACCAUUAAUCGUUUCAUCAUUGCUUCAAUCUUUAUCAUUCAAUUGUAGAAUAAUAUGUAUUCAUAGCAGCCUGUACCUCUCUUCUAUAUUCUUACACGCUCUACAGGAAACACCAAAGCUCUUUACUCUCUUCUAGCUACCUAGGCACAUAUCAUACACCCGCAAUGGCAUCAGACGAAGACUCCAAAAUAAUCCCACCCUUCGACCCCGGCGCCAUUCCCUCCGAAAACGAAACUCAAUGUCCCUUCUGCGUAAUAUCAAAUAGCUUCAACCCCUUCGACCCCUCCCACCCACCACCCUCAACAUCCCCCUCCAUCGACCCAACCAAGCUCUCUCCACCAUCCUUCAUCAUCCUCUCAACACCAACCCUAAUUGCCUUCCUCGACAUCAUGCCCCUAUCCCCAGGCCAUUUACUCCUAUGUCCACGCGCGCACCGCCCCAAACUAACCGACGUGACACCCGACGAAGCGAGUUCCCUCGGCGCAUACCUACGCAUAUUAUCAGCAGCGCUGGUCCGCGCGACAGGAGUACCCGAUUGGAAUGUAGUACAAAAUAACGGAGCUGCUGCAGCGCAGGUCGUGGGGCAUGUACAUUACCAUUUGAUCCCUCGACCGGAAAUACGGGCUUCUGGGCGGUUUCGGGAGAGUUUUACGAUGUUUGGACGGGGUGUGAGGGAGGAUUUAGAUGAUGAGGAGGGGGUUGUUUUAGCUGAGAGGUUGAGAGGGUGUGUGGCGGAGGUUAUUGAGGAGGAGGGGAGACGGGGGAGGUUGUGAGGGAGUAGGGAAUGGAUGAUAAAAAGUGAAAGAAAUAUCAUAACAGUCGAGUGGCAUUACGAAGGUAUUUAUGGUGGAUUUUUACUCAUUAAAGAUCUAUCUGUCUAAAUACACACGACAGUGGCACGGCAGACGUCGAGUACCACAGUGCCUGGGUAUACAACGCCGUCCCUACCCCGGAAUAUCAGCAAAUUACUCGUCAUCGCCGAAGAAUACCUUCACAGGCAACCAAGCAUCACCACAGACCUUGAAGCGAUCCUUAAGGUUGUUUAACUUCUGAAUCUCUUCCGGCGUCAACUC